AUGUCUUCCAACCCUCGUAGAACUCCGGUGACUCGCUCGGGUUCGAGGGGCCUCACGGUUAAGACCAACAUGGUCCUCAAGAAGGGUGCAACUUUCCAUUCUCCCACAACCCCUCCUGAGUCGCCUGAGAGAGUCUUCCGGCCGCCGCCGCUGCCCCGUCGAUCCCAAACGAACCUCGACGAUGUCAUCGAUGCUCACCGCCGCCGUGUUGCCUUAACACUCGGUGACAUUGACAAGACCUUGGCUGGUUCUUCCAAGCCCGACUCGGUUGCCGUCCCCGCGCGCAAGAAGACCCUGCGAGACGAGACUCUUCCUCUUCCACGAGGAGUGCUUGAUCACACCCUCGAUUCGCUUAUGGCUAAGGAGCAGCCGGCCGAGCGCCGGAUGCUCCGGCCCCGAACGCGCCGUCCUUCCCGCUUCCAUGACUCGGACAGCGGCCUGGGCACUUCUAUCGCCUCGACCAAAGAGAAAGACGCCGCCGUCAAGAAGGAGAGGACGGUGAAGGUAUCCGCAGUUACUAAGUCCGCUGCCGCUCGCACGACCGAUGCCGGCAGUCUUGUCGGCCUUGGCCCUCGGGCUACUAGCCGUAUCUGCGAGCACACCCUCAAGCCGCUCCUUGGAAAUGCCGGCUUCAAAGAUUUCCACCCCCUCUUGCUCGAGUGCCCUAGGAAGAUCCAGCAGAAGGAGAUUGUCUGCCUCAGAGACCUCGAGAAGACUCUACUGUUAACCGCUCCAGAGAGGGCCAAGGCCGCUGGACUCUAUCUCGACUUCUGCCUCACGACGAUCCGAUGCAUCCAAGCGACUGUUGAAUACCUCAGCGACCGCGAACAAACUCGCCCCUGCGACGUUCCCUACAGCAACGGUUACUUCAUUGACCUCGUCGAUCAAAUCCGGCAAUACGCCCAGCAACUUGCCGACGCGAAGGAGAAGGGCGACCAGAACGAGAUGGAUGUGGAUCCCACUGAUGAGAUCAAGCUCCAUGGCGGGAUUCAGAUCAAUGGACGCCCUGCCGAGCUCGUCCGCGUCAAAAAGAACGGGAAGAUGAUCUCGAUGGCCACGGGCGAGGUCAUCGAGAAGAUCGAUGAGGAGCCUGAUGCCGUGACAAGAUUCAAGCGCUCGGCCAGCCAGGAGCUAGUAGAUGAAGAGGAGAUCAUGCGAUCCAUGGCUAGGCGGAAGAAGAAUGCUAGCCCUGAGGAGCUCGCUCCAAAGAAGUGCCGGGAGCCGGGCUGCAACAAGGAGUUCAAGCGUCCAUGCGACCUGACCAAGCACGAGAAGACGCAUUCACGCCCAUGGAAGUGUCCCGUCCCGACUUGCAAGUACCACGAGUACGGGUGGCCCACCGAGAAGGAGAUGGACCGCCACCACAAUGACAAGCACUCAUCCAGUCCGCCGAUGUUUGAGUGCCUAUACAAGCCGUGCCCGUACAAGUCCAAGCGGGAGUCGAACUGCAAGCAGCACAUGGAGAAGGCUCACGGGUGGACCUAUGUCCGCACCAAGACAAACGGCAAGAAGUCUGGCUCCAGCAUCGCUGGCAACUCCGCCCAGCCGACCCCCCAGCUCCAGAACAUCCCAACUCCUCCUAGCGAUCAUAGUGUGGGAGUGGCCACACCUCCUGACGACUGGAACCGGGUUUACGGAAACAGUCUCGACUUCCCUACCUAUAUUCCCAACGAUGCGAACUUCAGCAUGAUGCCCCAGGAGAUUUCGCUGGAUUACUCCCCCAUCGACAACCCCACUCCGUCCACCGAUUCUGGCCUCGACCACAACUCGGCCUACCAGGAUGUCGCGACAGACUUCACGAUGUAUGAGGACAUUUACAGUGCUCCCGUUCAGCUUCCGACUCCGCCUCCACUACACUCCCACAUCUAUCACAAGGAUGUUGCGCCGCAGUACAUGUCAUACACUGCGGCCGAGCUGUGCCAACCUCACCCGGCUCAGCUUUCCCCCGCUGGGCAAGGGAAUGCCAUGCUCUAUACACCCAACUCUCUGGCUGAGCUGGACGAGGGCUUCGAUGAACAUAACAACGAGUUUGCUGCAAUCGCCAAUGCUGUCAACGGUGGUGACUUCAUCCUGUUCCCCAACAAUGGUGUCUCCAAGCCGAUGUACAACGAAUCUCUGUUCGCCACAACCGACGUCCCAACCAUGGGUACCGGGCUUUCUCAACCGUCGUCUCAAGACCUGCUGAAUGCCCUCAACAUCGAUUGGUCGACGCAGGAUCUCAGCGCUUAUAUCCCCUACUAA